AUGCAAGAGAAAAAAUCAACAAAAAAUGAUUCUUUUCGAAGAAAAAGGGUUUCAUUCAUUCGACUGACUUUUGGAGAAAAGCACAAAAUCGCGAAUUUUAUUAAGAAAAAUGAAAAUGCUUCUGUUGCAGAACUUUCAAAACAUUUCUCGACGGCUUUGAAGCGAAAAGUUACUGUGCGGCAAAUUGGUUCGAUAAAACAGGACUUGCAAAAAUGGCUGAACAUAGCGUUUAAAAACUCGAAAGAAACGCACUACAAAUUUCUUGAAAAUGACGAAGAAGGCGAAGACGAAAGUCCACUAGCAAUAAAGAGAAGGCCAAAAGUGCAUUUGUCGGAAGAAGACAAGAAGGAAAUAUCAAAAUUUCUUCUAAAAAAGAGAUCAGAAUUGACAUUGAACGAGAUCGCAGAAGAAUUUGCCGAAAAGCUUGGUAAAGAUGUGAGUAGAACCCACAUCGCUACUAUCAGAAAUCGCCUCCAAAGGAAGAACAAAACCGACAGUGAGCUCAAGGCUCGUCUGGGCAGUUCGAGAAAGACCACCACAAAAACCGAAGAAAAGAGCGCGGCUCCGCUUGAAACUGAAAUCAAGGAAGAAAAUCAACGAAAAAGAUCGCUUCGGUCGAGCAAAAAUGAAAUUUUUCAAGAUGACUUCGUCUUUAAAAUCCCUGAACCUAUGGUGGUUCCGUCUCCAGGGAUCAACAAGGAGAUUCAUGAAGAUUCGCCUUCGAAGAAAACAAAACUUCGAAAGCGAAAAAGAAAGAACUUGAAAAUCAAGGGUCGUCGACUCAUCAACCGAGUGAUGCACUACAACUGCCAAGAAAUCAACGAAGACGGAGCAGUUUCAGAACGAUGGUUGCCUGUUUUUGAAGUUGAGGAUUUCAACGAUGUUGUUGAGUUUGAAAAGUACGUGGGCAAAGUGAGAAUCGGAUCUGAAGAGGAUCUCUUUACACCGGAAUGA